UCUGUGUUUCUUUGGCCUUUUCUUCCGAGCGAGCUCGCAGAUUAAAUAGUGCGUUUUGGCAGGACUCUCCGUAAUCCGUUUAUUUCUGCUCAAAAUCGGCCCUCACCAACGUCGAAAUGCUCGCUACAAUGCGCAAACAGCUUAGAAGUCACCCAGCUCUGAUCCCCCUUUUGUUCUUCAUCGGUGGAGGGGCAGCCAUGUCCAUGAUGUACCUCGCUCGUCUGGCCUUGAGAAACCCUGAUGUCAGCUGGGAUCGCAAGAACAACCCAGAGCCGUGGAACAAGAUGGCCCCAACUGAUCAGUACAAGUUUUACGCAGUUAACUUGGACUACAGCAAGCUGAAGAAGCAGGGCCCUGAUUUCUAAUUUGCUGGACCAAACAAACUACAAAGAUGAGAUGAUCCACACAGCCCCAUUUUGAACUUCCUCACAACAACCUGAGGGAUGCAGAGGCUAAACCCGCACAAUGAAUCAUAUUUAAGUUUCCUCAUUGCAUUCUAUUGGCAUUUGGAAGCCAUGUCUCUUAUUUCUCAUUUUCGAUGGUUAUCAAUAAAGUGAGAGUCUCUUCUCCUCCAUACAGGAAAAAAAAAAAAA